CCAACAAUGUUUUAAAUGUUUUAAAUUCAAUCACUCUGCCAAAAUCUGUAACAGCAAGCAACGUCUGUUCUGGUGAACACUUGUAUAAGGAUUGUGACAAACCUAAUGAUAUUAGCUGUGGCAAUUGCAGUGGCUCUCAUCUUGCAAUCUAAAAACUAUGAACAAGCAUGUACAUCGACUCCGACAUCACCACCGCCCUCGGCAUCACGACCGCCUCUCGGCAUCACCACCGCCCUUGGCAUCACCACCGCCCCAGACGUCACCUACUGCAUCAACAUUGAACAAACUGAACGUACUCCAACCCCGUUAUCUGUCAGAACUUGGCGUAGUUCCUCUCAGCGUCAUAAGAAUAAAACAAGUGAGAAUGAUGAACUCUUCAAUAAUUAUUUAAAAAUGAAAAUGAGCAAGCAGAAUGUCAAUGAUGAGUCGUCAAAUAAUAACGCUAUCGUGAUGUUUUUGUUAAGUUUGCUGCUUGACUUAAAUUGUCUGACAUCAACACAAAUAAGAUCAUUCAAGAUAGAAUAUAUACUGAAUGUACCUCCCACUUCAUCUACGCCGGCCUUAGUUCAUAUACCAAAUUCUUCAGACUACCAGUCUACAAAAUUCUGCACCUUAUUAUGCCCCGUAGACCACAAGUCUACUAGAUUUAGGACCAUUAAAUUGCCCGUGUGGACUAGUGGUCUACAAGCCCUCUUGACUUGA